AAUCCACACACAGUUGAUCCAGACAUGGCUCGUCUGUACCACACCGGAGAUUAUGGACGGCUGGAGAAAGGAACAGUGCUAUACGAGGGCCGGACAGACUCUCAGGUGAAGGUCAGAGGUCACCGGGUGGACCUGGCAGAGGUGGAUGCUGCCCUCAACAAACUGCCGCAGGUGGACAAGACUGCUGUUCUAUGCUACAGGCCUGGGGAGGUGGAUCAGAUGAUAAUCGCAUACAUAACUCUACAUCCUAAUGUGUACAUUUCUGGAGAAGAAAUUGAAGUUGCCCUGCAAUCUUAUUUAGCUGUUUAUGCAAUUCCUCAGGUUCUGGUAAUAGACUCAAUACCGCUCUUGAACAAUGGUAAAGUCGAUCGUCAGACAUUGCUGAAGCGAUACGCUGAGAAGGCAGGUAGUAGCACUCAGCCGGCCGCUGUAGACUUGGACACGAGUAGUGUCAGCGAUGUUAAGGCAGCUCAGUGUCUGCUGAAGACAGUGGCUUCGGUGCUAGGAGGAGCUGCCAGAGGCACUGUGGCCCUCUCAGCCAACUUCUACCACCUCGGAGGAAACUCCCUCAACUCUGUCCUCACAGUCUCCAAGUUGCGAGACCAGGGAUAUAUCAUUGGUAUCACGGACUUCAUUUCAGCCCAAACACUAAAAGACAUUGUUGGCAAAAUGGUUCCAGAAGACAAUGUAAAGGAGGUAGAAACCAUAAUAAGGAAUCAUAAAGAAAAACCUUUCGUCAGUGAGAUCUUGAGCAGUGUACACAAAUCAGAUGCUUACAGGAUUAUAACGGACAGCUUCUACGCUAAAGGAGACUUAGAGCAAUGUAUCGAACCACGCAUACCUCGAUGUGAGUACGCUGAGCUGUUGGACCAAAUUUGGGAGCCAUUGGUGCGAGCUCAGUUGAGUUUCGUGCUGAGAUCGAGGAUGACAGGACAGAUUGUAAGUGUUGCUCUCGGUUUCGACGUCCACGAAGAGCCUCCGGUGCAACUCAGCGGCCGUCUCAACAUAGUUUUCGAGUUCCUGGAGUUUGUUGAAGCCCCUAUCAGGGAUGAAAAGUUACCCCAAGGCAAGGGAAAAGUGAUGCAUGGUUUCAUGAUGGGAACAGAGCAGACUCUGAGUGCAGCAGAGAAUGUGGCGGCGGUCCAGGCAAUGGAGGAGGAGGUCCUGGCCAUCGGGCGGACUCGCGGCUUCACCGGCAUUUUCACUACCAACACCAGCCCACUCACCAAGCAACUGAGUGCAGAUGUGUUCAACUACAUAGUGAUGAGUGAAUACCAAGUUAACAAGUACGUUGCUCCUGAUGGCAGCAAACCUUUCAGCCGAGCUUCUGACUCUCUGCGGGUCGCCUGUUGUUGGAAAGAAAUCUAAAUCCUUCAUUCACAAGCCAGAAGAACAUUCCAUCUUUGAAAGAGCCUUUUUUGUAUAAUCAGAUACAGUUUGGAACACUAGAGUAUUUAUUUUUAAGCUUAACUUAUUUAUUUAUUACCCUUUAUCAUUAGUUCGUGUUUUCCUAAACACAAUGUACAAGGCAAAUAUUAAAUUUGGGUUUACUUUUUGUGUCUUCUUAAAACUACCACAUUUAUUCUGCGUAUUCAUCAUAACAAUAGAAGAUAUUUCUUGCAUUCAGAGUUAGAUAUAAAUAACAAUUUAAGUAAGAUUAGAAUGUCCUGCAAAAAAGUUAGCAGUAUUACUAUAUUUUGUUUUCAUACACGUCUUAGAGGAGUAGGUGAUCUAUAAUCACCAAUUCUAUCAGGUUAUUUUAAAUUAUUACAAUAGUUAAAAUACUGUAAAUAAUUUGUAAAUAUUGUUUUUCAGAAUAAAAUUUUAUUGAAUGAAA